ACGUGAUACACAAGGAAAUGAGUUAAAGAUGUGAUCUACAAGGAAAUAUAUUACGAUACUUCUAGGCUUAAUCUAGGCAUCUAUAUAGACUAGACGUAAAUAAAAAGCAGCGCAUCUAGAUCUAUCACCAAUAUCUCUGGGUUUAGUCUAUGUUGCUUUUUUUUUUUUCAUGUGCACUUAAGAUUUGAUCAAUCGAUUCACUUUAUUCACACCGGGAAUGUCCGCAACAGACGAAUUAGCAGCAAAACUUAAUCGCAGAAAUCUAAUUAAUGAGGGCGAAGAGGGAGCUCCCCCUCUUCCAACCAGUAAUGUUUUUAAUCCUUAUACUGAAUUCAAAGAAUUUAGCCGAAAGCAGAUUCAAGACUUUCAGAAAACCUUUAAUAAAUAUGAUGUAGGCAAAGACAAAUUCAUUGACUUGAUGGAGCUGAAGCUGAUGAUGGAGAAGUUGGGUGCCCCUCAGACUCACGUCUCACUAAAGCAAAUGAUUAAAGAGGUUGAUGAAGACUUGGAUGACAAAAUUUCAUUUAGAGAGUUUUUGUUAAUAUUUCGCAAAGCAGCUGCUGGAGAACUUCAGGAAGACAGCGGAUUGUAUGAACUCUAUAAAAACAUGGAUGAAAUUGAUGUUGAUGUUGAAGGUGUUAAAGGCGCAAAGAACUUUUUUCAAGCUAAGAUCCAGAAACAGACUGAAAGCUGUAAAUUUGAACAAGAGAUUCGACAAGAACAGGAAGAGAAGAAGAAGCAAGCAGAGGAAGCCAAAGAGAGAAAGAAAGCUUUUAAAGAAAAGGCCAAUCUUUUCAACAAAGUUGAAUAAUACACCAAGUCCUAGAUUCACACACUUUGACCAUGUUGAAGUCAGAUAUCUGCAGGUUAUAUUGUUUAGAGUAUUAUUCCAUUGUGUAAACAUAGGAAACAAUUUCAUUUGACUCUUUUUGUACUAAGAAAGUUACAAAUUAAUAUUGGCUUUUAACAUUGACAAAAGGGUUUUUUGAUAAAACAAUGCUAAUGAUUCUAACUUUAUGUUUGAUCACUUUGUAAAUUUUAAAACCUAUCAACAAGAAGUCCAAGAAUAAUAAAGUUACUUAUUGUUUUGCUCUUGAUAUUAAUUAUGUUGUCUUCCUCAUGAUAGAUCACUUGGGUAUUUAUUACUGUUGAAUUGUUACAUCAUACAAAAUAAAAUUACUUUUACUCUCAACAUAAACUGAUGAGUAUUUCAUAAUACAAUCAAAAUGGUGCUUUAUUUUACUCAUAGUAUAUUCCUUCUAAAAUCGGUAUAAUAGAUAACAUAACUUACCCUAUCAGCAAACUUUGAUGUUCCUAAUAUGAGUGCAUGUGUUUUCUACACCCUGUUUUUGUUGAUAAUCAGUUUUUGUUUUGAAUAUUAUUGUACCAAGAAUAGAUUGAACUUGACAAUAAAAUGCUGACCUAUGUGUGAAGCCAUUUGAAAUAAGGCACUGUGUGUUUUGAUUCAAACAAAACUUUGAUAUUAGCCAUUUUGUUAAUGAUCUUGUUUAUGUUUCUUAAUGGUUUAUAUUGCCAUAAAGCAUUGGUGCCAUUUAAAAACUAAUUACACUUUAAAAUUUUUGACUUAAUUGGAAAAUAAUAUUUAAGCUUUUUCUGUAUUUGGUAUUUUUUUAUUGCUAAUUUAUUUUAUUUUUUUCAAUAAUAGAAUUUUUCUUAUUCAGAUUGUAUUUUUACUUCUUUUGUUUGUCUUUGAAUUGGAAGUGAUCUAUUGAAGAAAAUAAUUAAGUGUUAAAUAUUGAUAUCUAUAUGGUGCCAUUAAAGGAUUUUGUUUGAAGCUUAGUAAAGAUUAUUGGAACUUUGUGAUAUGUAGUGUAGAUUUAUCUUUUGUAUGAUCUGUUUAACAUCUAUAAUCAAAACUAUUUGACAUUUUUUCUUUCUUUUUUCUUUAUCUUGGCAUGUCAUUUUUCUAAAGGCUAAGUUUUUGUAUAAGCAUUAUUGUUACAUUUAUAUAUCAGCUUUUCUAUAAUUUAUUUAUAUUUGAUAAAAAAUAAAUAUGUGUUUAACAAUUACAAAUAUGAUAAUUUCAUUAAAUAAUAUUACUAUAAUGCAAAUUCUGUGGGGUUUUUUCUCUGACAGUUUUGUACAAAUAAUAUGGAGCUAAAUGUGAUAUUGAUAUAAUGUACUUCCAAAAGUUUGAUUUGACACUAUUCAUGAUGUAACCCUAUGAUUUUGAAUGUUGUCUAUUACUUCAAUUACUUUAGCUUAAGUUUAACUUAAGUUCCCUUCUACUUACAUAUAUACAUCUAUUCACUAUUUAUUUUAAUAAUAAAUAUACAUUGACCUGAUAUCUAAGUUCUAAUGAUACUUGUAACAGUACAGAAUUAGAUGCAUUCAGCUUUAGCUAUUUUUUAAAGAUGUUUUUUUUUUUCAAUUAAUUACUUUGAUUACAAUAUUUUUGGCCAGCUUAAUUAAGAACCCUCACUUCAUAGUUUAUUUUAUUUGUAUUUUUUUUUCUUUGUCUUGUUCAGCUAAUGAUAAUGAUGCACUUUACACUUAACUUCGACCUAAUUACAUAGAUUUUGUAAAAAAUAUACACUCAAUGUAUUAAUCAAUGUAUUAAAAGAGGAAACUUACACUUUAGUAUUCACCUUGUUAAGAUCUAAGCCUUUUCUUGGGCAACCAUUCAAUAUUUAUUUCUGUGCAUGCUGUAUGUGACUCACAUUUUUUUGGAAUGAAUUAAAACUUGAAACAUUUUAUUACAUCAUGGGCAUAAAUUUAUAAUUUUUAUAAAAGGUAUAUUUAUUAUGUGAACAUAUUGUAAAAUUUUUCUAAUGCCAGUUUAACUCAGUGCUUGGAAUAUUACACUUAAAUAUAGCUGAAAUCAGACUUUUUAAGAAACGAGAUAUUCAUCUUAUUAAUUACAGUUGAUCCUUACUCAAAUGUAUACACAAAUAUACACUAGAGAUUUUAAUUACUAGUUAUUCCUUGAGUUGCCAUAUUGUAGUCUAAAUCAUCAAUGAUCUUCCUGUUAUGGCUUUUAUAAUUGCAAUCUCAAAAAGAUCACUGAGUACUGUAUGUUUCUCUGUUAAACAUCUUCUAGGUAAGUCAAAUGGGACUUAAUGUUCUUAUUGCAUUUAUUUACUGUAGACAUAACUUAGGUAUGGCUGAUUUGUUGUGAAUGAUAGUCUCAUAGUACCACUAUCUUCUUGCCAAAUGAAAUGGCUUUGGAGAUUAGUUUAGAAAAAUAUAGUAUAAACUGAAUGUCAUUUGAAAUUUAUUAAAACAUUAUAGUGAAUACAUGUGUAUAAAAUAGAUAAUAUAUUUAUUAGCUUAUUUUUUUUUUUGUCAUGCAUUUGAUAUUGUAAACAUAUCAAUGGCCGCCCACAGUGGUAUCUUCCAGUAAAUAAGAAGCUGGCACUUAGAUUUGCUAUGUUAAAAAUAUGUUCCUAGUAUUUAUAAUUUUUAUGAGAUGCACAAAAAUUAAAAAAAAAAAAUUCCUUUAUUUUAUAUUUAUUAAUGAAAUGUAAAACACCAUAAUCAUUUUUACUAAGUACAAAGCUAGACAUAAUGUUGAAUGUUGCUUUGCAUACUGUAUUUUGAUGUGCAUAAUACAUGUACAUCUUGGGUAUUUCAUUGGAGUGUUAAAUGUUUCCAUUUAGCUAAACUGUGUGAAAGACCAUAUAUCUUGUUUUAAUAAAUUACAUUGUAUUUUUUUUUUAAAGAAAAAAGGCCAAUGAAAAUUUUUAAUAGAAAAAAUUGUCUAUAAUAUUGUAUGCAGCAAACAUUAGUUUCAAAAUGAUUUUGCUAUUUUGAUUGUAUGCAAAUGUUAAUAUCAUAAUUGGCAUUGAUCACUAUCAAAUGUGAUUUUCCCAUCAGUCACUGGGCAGCAAAGUUAUGUCCCUUGUUAUCGUCUGUAUUCUAGACCUACAUGUAUUAUGUAUUAUGCUGAGUAUGUGCUGCAAUAUUCAACACUGCAAGAAAAAAACCUUCUUGUAUUUCUAGUAAUAUGGAGAUUGUGUGAGUUUCUUAUUCCUUUCACUGCUAUAUUGGUUGAAAUCUGUUAUCAUCUGACAGUAUUUACACCAGCUCAAUGAAAAUAGAUCUCUAUACAAUUGAAACCAGAUCUACUACUUUCCUAAUCUUCUUGUUCUGUCUUUUAAUUUGUUGAAUAAUGGAAUUGAGAUUUAUUAUCUUCAGUAUUUUUUGUAACAAUUAUUUUUUUUAAAUCAGUAAUUAUAUUUAUAAUUCUCCUUAUGCAGAUCUGUAAGCUACAAUGCUAUCCUUUUUUUUUUAAAGGAUGUGACCAGUGUCACUUUCAUAUUUUAUUAUUUGAUUGAAUUUCUUCAAUAUUUGUGACUCUUUAAUGUAUCUUUUUCUAUGCAUCUAUUUAUUACUGUACAUGGAUUAAGAUCUUCUUGCCGUUUUGAUUAUACUUCUAAUAAAAGUUUAUUCAAA